AUGGCGUCGUUUCAUAAUCCAGAGGUUGUUGCAGGGACUCAGGCGUGUGACUCUAGAAGGAAAGCCCACUCUGGCUGCCUGCGGGAAGGAGAGGAGCUCGCGCUGUCCAGGAAGAUCGCGGCUUUGGGGAGCCCAAAUCCAGGUGCUCUAGAAACAUUAACUUCAGGAAAAGAUGGUCAGCUCCAACCACAAUCAACACUGCAAAUCUUACAACAGCAACUGGAAUCAUUUCAAACUCUUCGACAGCAAACUUUAGAGAAUGUAAACAUGGUUCAAACUGAAAUCAAUGAGAUACUUAAUAAAAAUGUAACUGAUAUGAAAAGUCCCGACAAUUUACUUUUUCCCACCACAUCUGUCAACAUUACUACGCCAAGAGAACAUCAAGAAGCUCUAUAUUUUAAGAAGGAGGUUCAUCCUGAUAAGAACCCUGAUACCGGUCAUUGUUCAGAAACCAAGUUCAGCUCUAAAUUUCAAAACAGGAUUCUAAGCAGAAACAUUCCACAACAGAUUCUGUUAAAAUACAAAGCAGCUGGAAUAUCAGAAAACCAUACCCAAGAAUCUAGAAACAAAGCUAUUCUUAAUUUAAAUAACGAUAAUGAGAUUAAGAAUUUUGCCAGCAGCACUUUCUCUCCAUCAUUUAUUGGUUUGGACCCAGAAAAGAAGACACAUCUUAGAGUGUUAAAAAAUUAUAGUGAACACAAAGCCUCCACAGCAUUCCAUAACUGUGAGGAAGAAGAGGAAUGUUUAUCAGAGAGUGUGAGUUCUUUCAAAGAUUUGAAAGAGGAGGAUAAAAAGACUACUAGACAUGAACUGUUACAUACCCUUGAACUUCAGAAUUCUAACAAUGUCUGUGGCAAAGACAAUGAUUCUGGUUAUUUGUCAGAACAGGAUUUUAUGGAAAAAGUUGUGGAUACGUCAAAUGACGAUUUUAAAUUGAGGGUUUCAGAACUGGGGGGUUCAGUAGAUGAGUUUCAAACUGUCACUGCCUCAUCUUCAGAAAAUUAUCAAAGUACACUUCAAACAGCAUUCAAGAACAAACAUAAGAAUAAAGAACAUCUCAUAAAAGGCAGUGCCACUGACAAAUUGCAGUUAAAUCUGUUAUCCAAAGUGCUAAAAAAAAAAGAAACACAGCUGCUUAAGUCAAAUCAAGAGUUCCAAAACUAUGGGAAUCUGGAUUUCUCUGAUAUCAGUUGUAUACCUGAUAACCAUGCUGAAAACCUUAAACUCUUACACAUGCCAUUGGGAGAGUCUGACCAUGUUCAGAGAAAAUGGAUGAUUCUCCAUGAAGAUAUGAAGACUCAAAUGAAACCUCUUACUGACAUUAUACAGUCUCUGACAGAACAAAAUUCAAAAUAUCAGAAUCAAAUUAAGGAGUUGCACGACGAGAAGAAUAACCUUCAAGGGAGAUUAGUUAAAUCAGAUGAAGACUGCAAGGAAUGUCUGAGAGAAGUGAAGAGAUUACUGAAGAAAUGCAAAGAACUUCAACAGCAAAAGGUAGCAUUGGAAGAAAAGCAGGAUCAGCUUUAUGAUCAAAAUCAGCGAAUAAUGCGAGACAUAAAUGAUUUUCAGAAGAAAGAUCAAAAAGCCCAGGAAAGUUUGGCUUCUUUCUCAAAAGAAAAAAGUAAUCUUAUUGUAACUUUAGGGUCUUUGGAAAAUAAACUUUCAGUAUUUCAAGAAGAAAAAAAGAUCUUGGGGGAAGAAAUCUGCCACCUUAAAGAAAAAGAGAAUUUGUUAGGAAAAGAGCUUGAAGAAAAACAGAACGAGAUACAACAAUUAAAAGAAAAUGAGAAGACAGCAGUAUCAGAUAUGGAAGCUCUUCUUAGGAUGCUGCAGUCAUUUAAAGAAGAAAAAGUGAAUUUUGAUAAAACAUUGCAUGAGGCACUCAGUUCUAAAAAUGUCCUCGAGAAAGAACUCCAGGAUGCCCAGUCAGACAGAGCUCAUGUUGAGGAAAAACUUCUAACUGAACGUAAAAAUGCAAAAAUAGAAAGUGGAGUUUUGAAAACUACUUUAUCCAAUACUGAAAGAGAAUGUGACCGACUGAGAACCAUGGUAACUACCAUUACAGAAGACAACUGGGUUCUCAAGAAGCAGCUGAAUGAAUUUAAACAGGAAACUUCUGAAUGCAAGCAUAAAAUAAGACAACUGAGUGAAGUGCUCUUACUAAAGGAAAAUGAAACGCGUUCUAUAGAGAAUGAAAGAGAUGCACUGAGGUUUGAAACGCAGCGUCUUCAAAAGAACAAUGCUAACCUCAAAGAGCAAGUUACUAAUUUGGUCAAUGAGCAAUAUAAGCAAGAGUGCAAAUCUAGAAGCCAAAAGCAAAAUGAUUUCUCUGUGGAUCCUACUCAAAUUUGUGAAGAAAUAUCUAGGUACCAACGUAUUUCUUUGAUACGUGAUUUACCAGGCAGUUCCAGGAAAACUCUAUCAAUCAAUCCUUCAAAGAAACUAUAA